AUGAGGCCUGGUUCUGCACAGAUCAACUCGUCAGAUCGUGGCUCUUUGGUACUCUGUCUGAAGAAGUCCUCGGCCAUUUGUGAUGCCUUGAGUUCUAUUGGUAAGCCAAUAGAUGAGUCUCUGAAGAUAUUUGGGUUCUUAAAUGGUUUGGGUCGUGAUUAUGAACCAAUCGCCACUGUCGUCCAAAGCUCCUUGAGCAAGAUCUCCCCACCAAGCUUCGGUGAUGUGGUUUCUGAAGUUGAAAGCUUUGACAACAAGCUUCAGUCGUACAAUGUCCCAGAUGCUGUUACUCCACAUCUUGCAUUUCAUGUUCAACAAAGUGGCUAUGGCAACCAGUCGAGAGGAAGCUAUCGUGGCAGAGGUCGAUCUUCAGGACAAAACAGAGGACGUGGAGGCUACUCCUCUCGUGGUAGAGGACACCUUGCGUCUGAUUGCUGGAAUUGUUUUGAUCACAACUAUCAGAGACCUGACGUAGCUCAAGUGUUUUCCUCCCUAAAAAUCUCUGAUGGUAAUGAUUGGCUCACUGAUUCUGGAGCUACCGCUUAUGUCACUUCCUCGGCCAUUAAUCUGCAGUCUGCUACAACAUACAAUGGGAAUGACACAGUUCAGGUUGGACAUGGCACUUACCUACCUAUCACUCAUGUUGGAUCAGCUACCAUUGCUUCCUCUACAG